UAUAAUGUGAAGCUCACCUGGCUGCUCGAGUGCGCGGCUUUUAUGCGCAGGAGAAUCCGACCCGGAAGCAGACCCGACUGAACUUCCGGGUCACCGCGUGAGGAUCGACGCUGCUUCGUUUCCUCUGCGAAUCAUAAGAAGAAGUGUUUAAAAAUGUCUGACGAGGACGAUGUCGGUCCUGCUGUGAAGAGGAGUCGAGUCUUCUAUGGCAGCCUGGAGGAAAAGGAACGAGCACGUCUGAGCUCAGAGAUGGUGAACAGCAUCUUAAUAAGAAGUGAUGGAGUCAAGGCGGGUAUCAAGGCUGGAAACAUCAAUAUCUCUUCAGGGGAGACUAUGGAGCUGGAGGAGCGGGGCAGCGAGCGGCAGCAGGAAGCCCUUGCUGAAUUCGAGCGGCGCCGGCGAGCAAGACAGAUCACUGUCUCCACCGACGACGCAGAGGUGAAGGCCGGCCUUCGAGCACUGGGGGAGCCAAUCACGCUGUUCGGAGAAGGACCAGCUGACCGCCGGGAGAGGCUGCGCGGUAUCCUGUCUGUGGUCGGUCCCGAUGCUCUGAAGAAAUCUAGGAAGGACGAGGACCGAGUCAAGAGGUCUCAGGACGAGUGCCAGCAGACAUGGUACCAUGAAGGCACCGCCUCCCUGAAGGAAGCUCGGCUGUGGUUGGCCAGAUACUCUCUUCCCCGGGCAGUUAAGCGUCUGGAUGGUGCACGUUCUCUAAAGGAGGUCACCGAUGCAACCAGGACGAUCCGCCAGCAGGAGCUGCACAAGAGCUUGAGGAAUCUGAACAACUUCUGCAGUCAGAUUGGUGAUGAUCGACCAAUCAGCUUCUGCCACUUCAGCCCAGACUCCAAAAUGCUGGCUACCUCAUCCUGGAGUGGUCUGUGUAAGCUGUGGUCCAUCCCUGACUGCAACCUGAUUCGUACGCUCAGAGGACACAACACCAAUGUGGGUGCCAUCGUCUUUCGCCCGCAGGUUGGAAUUUCUCUCGACGAGUCAGACGUCAGCUUGGCGUCAUGUGCUGCUGAUGGGAGCGUGAAGCUGUGGAACCUAGAGAGUGAUGAACCUGUGGCAGACAUCGAGGGGCACAGCGAUCGAGUGUCUCGGGUCACCUGGCAUCCUUCUGGAAGAUUCCUGGGAACCACAUGUUACGAUAAUUCGUGGCGCCUCUGGGAUCUGGAGGUUCAGGAGGAAAUCCUCCACCAGGAAGGUCACAGUAAAGGAGUCCAUGACAUGAGCUUUCACCCUGACGGCUCACUGGUUGCCACCGGAGGCCUGGAUGCGUUCGGGAGGGUGUGGGACUUGAGAACAGGACGCUGCGUCGUUUUCCUCGAGGGACAUCUGAAAGAGAUCUACAGCCUUCACUUCUCCCCCAACGGGCAUCACCUGGCCACAGGAAGUGGUGAUCACACUUGUAAGGUCUGGGAACUACGCAACAGGAAGUGCCUAUACACAGUCCCCGCCCACCAGAACCUGCUGUCUGCCGUCCGCUUCCAACCCACAGACGGUCACUUCCUGCUCACCGGCGCCUACGACAACACGGCGAAGGUGUGGAGUCACCCCGGAUGGAUGCCUCUGAAGACACUGGCGGGACACGAGGGGAAGGUCAUGGGAGUGGACGUGUCACCUGACGGGAAGCUGAUCGCCACCAGUUCCUUUGACCGAACCUUCAAACUGUGGAUGUCUGAGUGAUGUAAUUGUAAUCGGUGGUGUAAUCCUGGUGGAUGAGCUGUUUUAAUGAAGUAUUUUAAAUGUUUUUUUUUAAUAAAGUUUGGACUCUA